CGCCCCCCCCUCAUCCCUGACGCCGCCCGCCGCCAUGUUCCGCAGCCUGCUGGUGGCGGCGCAGCGCCCUCAGGCCCCGGGGCCCGGCCCAGCUCGGCCGCCGCCUCCUUCAUCCUCCUCCUCGUCCGGUGCCGGUACCGAAGCGUUGGAGGCGCAGUUCAGCUGCCCCAUCUGCCUCGAGGUGUUCCAUAGAGCCGUGGGCAUCGCGGGAUGCGGACACACGUUCUGCGGUGAGUGCCUCCAGCCCUGCCUGCAGGUGCCAUCCCCGCUGUGCCCGCUGUGCCGCGUCCCGUUCGACCCUAAGAAGGUGGAGAAGGCUUCCAGCGUGGAGAAACAGCUCUCAUCCUACAAGGCUCCAUGCAGGGGCUGCAGCAAGAAGGUGACCCUGGCAAAAAUGCGCUCUCACGUCUCAUCUUGUGCAAAGGUGCAGGAACAAAUGGCCAACUGCCCCAAGUUCGUCCCAGUCGUCCCCACAUCUCAGCCCAUCCCCAGCAAUAUUCCCAAUCGCUCAACGUUUGUAUGCCCAUAUUGCGGGGCCCGGAAUCUGGACCAGCAGGAACUGGUAAAACACUGCAUGGAAAACCACCGCAACGACCCCAACAAAGUGGUGUGCCCGGUCUGCUCAGCCAUGCCCUGGGGGGACCCCAGCUACAAGAGUGCAAACUUCCUGCAGCACCUCCUGCACCGGCACAAGUUCUCCUACGACACCUUUGUGGACUAUAACAUCGAUGAGGAGGCAGCACUGCAGGCUGCUCUGGCUCUGUCGCUGUCUGAGAACUGAGGGCUGAAUGGAGCUUGGCUUGGGACUCCCCCUCACACCCCUUUUGCACACUCGACCUUCCUGCUGGGGAGGCACGGAACUGAUGGACCCCUGAGAACCACCCUCACCUCUCUGGGCUGAUCCCAGCACCAUAAAGAAGGCGGAGAUGCCUCAGCAUCACGCUGGGCUGGUGAGUGAGAGGACAAAGCUGCUGCUGGGAGGAGAGAGGACCAAGGGGCCGUUCCUCAGUUGGGCAUUUCAUCCCCAUCCACAGAGUGUGUACCCUGUAUCCACAUCUAUUUAUUACUAGAUGCUUUUUUGGCACCGUUUGUCUUCACUCUCUUCGUUGCAAUUUGAUCGGUACGUAUCAAACUACAUCACGUUUUAGGCAGGAACGCCCUCGUUUCAAACCAGCCACGUCCCUUUUGGGGGUUGAUUUUUUCUUUAUUUUUUUUUCUCUUAUUUAUUUCUUUUGGAAAAAAAAGGAAGAAAACAGCACAGAGUGUUUGGUUUCAUUUUGAAACCCCGCAGAGACGUCGCUCCGUCCCCCCCCAACGCUGCAGGUGGGAGCUGCCUCCUGUUCCUUGCUGCCAGGCAGCAGGUUGAAUCCCAUAGCAAGACUUGCCGGCCUGCUGUGCCCUCGUGGCUGCUUUGGGGUUGUGGACUGUCCCAAUGCAACUCCCACCUCCCUCCUUUUGUACCAGCUCUUGUGAUACUUCGUUCUGGUUUUUCUACACGAAGCGGCUCGACGGCCUUUUCCACGUUUUAUAGAGCAGGAACAAGAAGCUGUUUAACUCUUCACACCGCAAUAUCCGUCACCGGGGACGAGAGUAUUUUUAUGGACCAUUGUGAAGAAAGUCUAUUUUUUAACAAAACGACAAAAAGAAACCAACCAAACGGAUUUGAAAUGGGGUGAGAGGGAAGAGCUGGACCCUGGGCCUGCAGCUGGGACUCUGCUGAGCCACGGGAGCAUCUGGGCUCCCUCCUCUCUUCUGUCUGUCCUGUUCCGCUGUCAGCUUUUCUUGCAGGCAGUGGUGAUGCCGUGUCAGUGCAGUGCUGUGCAGUGCUGCUUAUGGGCCAGCCCCAUAGCUCUGCUUCAAAGAGGACCUUUGGGAGGACAAGCAGCCCCUUUGUUGUAUGGCUGUGAUCCCUGCGUCUCCUUGGGUCCUUGCUGGGUGCAGCUUCUCUGGGUUAUAAUGCUGCUGAGUGGGCUUCCUCCCUCUGCCCACAGUUUGCUCUCUCAGCUGCUUGUCAUUAACCAUCGAGCAGCGUUGGCGUGCUGAGCCGGGAGCAAAGGGUGCAGCCCACCAGGCUGGGCUUACAAAAGCUCUGCUGGAAAUUGCUCAAGUUUGGAUUUUCCUCCAAACCCACAGCUCUGCUGCAACCCUUUGGCAUGGCAGGGCAGAGCUGUGCUGGGAGGCUUUGUGCUUCUGCAGUGUUAAUCCUUGCAGGCAGAGCUGGCUGCGUGGCACUGCUGGGUGUAACCCGGAGGGGCAGCUUGUGAAGCAAGGAGGCAGGAGGUGCUGGCAGCUGGUGCUCAGUGCAGAGCAGCUGGGUUGUGUGGGGGUGUCUGCAGAAUGGCAGCCCUAAUGCAGAGCAACUUGUCCCCUAAUGCAGAGCAACUUGUCCCGGAUACCAGGAGGCUGCUGGGUGUCUCUCAAGUGGGCACUUGGUGCUCUGAGUGAAGCUCCAUUGCUCCCUGUGCUGGACAGGCAGUAAUUAGCUGCAGGGCAUGUGCUGUGUCCCCAUGUCAUGCAGUGCUGGGGCAGAAGGUGCAGCUCUUCAUGCCCUGUGCCCCACUGUCCCCUUCCAGCCUGCCCUGUGCUCUCUGCUCUGCUGAGUGCAGGUAGAGAGGAAAUCUACCUGGCUUCGGGCUGGCUGCCAUCAGCCUGAGCAUGGCCAGGCCCUGUGCAGCAUAAUUCCCUUCCCAUGUAAUGAGUUGCCAGUGGCUGGAGGAGAAGAAGUACGUACGUGUUGGUGCCCUGCCACCCUUUGGGGUCAUGCCAACGAGGGAGCUGGCCCAGGUUUACACGUGGAGGCAGUGAGGUGACAGCCACAUCCCAACAGGGCUUUGAGAUGACUUUGGGUAGAGUGCUUUAUAGGGCAGCAGCCCCCACUGUGUGCUGGAGGGGGUCUCAUGGAGUCUCUCCAAGUUGGACCCCAGGCUUUGGCCCUGAGGGGCACCAGCCACGCUCUGUGCUGUGGGAAAUGGGCACAGUCCUGUUUGGGGCCAUCAUCCUGCUGGGCAGUGUCCCUGCUCUGCCCUGGGGCUGUAUUUAUGCUGAUGGGGCUGGGCUGCUGCCUGCAUCCCCACUCAGAGAAGCUUCCUUUGGUGGUUUCCCUCCAGCUCUGCUCUAGCAAUACUGUCUUUUGACUUUAAGUAAUACCAAGUGUUUUGGGGGCCGGGGUGUCCACUGUGCUUCUGGCAGCCCCCCCUGGCAGGGGGAAAGGGCUGGGGCUGCUCUGCUCCCUCUGUGCAGCCAGUGGUAGAAGGAAGCACUUGGUGUCUUCCCAUGUGUCCAGCCCAGGGGCUUUCCCUGCUCUCACUGGGAUGGAGCGGGGACAUCACAAAGGAACCUGGUUGGGUUUUUCCUAUUCCUUCCUUGUCUGGGACACCCCCAGGAUCCUGCUUAGAGGGCUCAGCCCCACUCAGCCCUCCAUGGGAGCUCGGGGUAUUGUAGGACAGCGCAUUUAAUGCCUCUGAUUCCUUCCUUCUCCUCCUCCUUUGCACCCUGGCAGUGUUGGAGCAGGGGCAGCAGCUUUUGUAAAGCACUUUAAGGCAGCGAGGGCAGCUUUGCCUCUUUCCCCCUCACUAUGGGGUUGGGACUCUGUGCUGUGCUGCCUGCUGUGCUCAUCCCGACCUUUUAGACUUAUUUAAUGAGUCAGCCCCGUUUUAUGAAAAAGGAGAAGAAGAAAAAGAAGAAGAAAAACACGACGAUGUAUUUGUAGCAAACCACGGUGGGGUUUUUUUUGCUCAAUAAAGGCAGUUUCAUCCA